UGCCACUGUCCAAGCUGAACCGAGCCCCGAUCCCCGACCCGGCGACAGACCAGGCAGCCCCGAUUUCUAGGGUUCUCCUCCGCCUCCGCCGUCCGGCAGCCGCCCACCGGCGCGCUCCCGCGUCGCCGCCUCAAGAACCCCGUCGGCCCCCUCCACCCCCUCACCCACCUCCAUUGCCUUCCGCUCCGCUCCGCCCCCUACCCCCAUCUGCCUCGGCCACAGUGACCGGCCGGCCGGCCGCCGCAGGAGCUCGGCCGAGGCGACGGGCCGCCGCAGAAGCUCCACCCCGGCACCGCCUUCGCUGCCCCUCUUCUCUUACCCGGCCUCCCUGCGCCCGCCGGCUCGACCCCGCAGCAGUUCGGCCCUGAGGUGCCCUGCCUGAUGCGUUGAUUCUACUCAAGCGGAUGGCCAACACCCGGUCAGGAGGGGCGAACAAUGAGGGGGCAGGGGACGCCAGUGCAAGGAAAGGCAGCGCCAUCGCCAAGUCUGCAUCCACCUCCACCUCGUCUGCCGGUGGAAGGGAGUCUAGAAGCUCGUCCACGCGUGAAACAAGCGAUGAGCAGAAGCCAAACCUCAGGAGGUCGAACCGAGAAACAAGAGGAAAGAACCCCGUUGGGACAACCACCGUCAGUUCUGCCUCCACACCGGUUUCGCAGAAAUCUACGAGGGGCAGGAGCAACCCCAGCACGCCUGAUACCCCGAAAUCGUCGCCAAAGAAGCUAAAAGGGCCGACAAUGAAGGCUGGUACCCCAAGAACGUCCGACAGAAUAAAGAAAAGUACCGUUUCAGCUUCGACCGCUUCAAAUGAUUCAAAUGGAGUUCCUAGUCCAGUGGCUACUCCCGACAAAACCGUAAAUGGACAAAUUGAUGAACACAACUCAGCAAAGCAUAAGCAUGAUGAUGCUUCCGAGAGUGGUACCAGGUCAUUGAAGAAGCAGAAAAGGCUAACUGCAAAGAGCUAUACAAGUCUCUUCAAGACAUCUUCUGAAGAAUAUGAAAAAUCCCCUGGCUACGAAGGAAAUGCUUCCAUGGUGGACGCGGAAGACAAUGGCUCUGUUUUGAGGUAUGAAGAAAGUGGCGCACAUGAAGAAGAUGACAAGGCACAUUUAAGUCAAGUCGUCAAUAAUUGUCUGGAAGGCUAUACUUCUGGCCAGUGUGAACCUCCCGAGGUGAUAUUGGAGACAGAUGGGUUGAAAAGUGAUGUUGAAAAAUCUGCUCAGUGUGAAGCUCCUGAGGUGAUAUUGGAGACAGAUGGGUCAAAAACUGAUGUUGAAAUAUCUGCUCCCAUUUCAGAGGCACAUAUGACUGCUGAUCUGUGCUCGCAAAAUAUUGUGGCUGAAAGCAGUCCUGCAAUGGAUGCUAGAGAGCCAACUCAUGACUGUUCAGAGUUCGCACUUCACACUGCAAUGGGCCGGAAAGCGGACUCAUCAAAAUUUGUGGAGUAUUGGGUUCCUGCUUGCCUUUCACGAGUGCAACUAGAAAUGUACUGUUAUACCUUACUUUCAAACUCACCAGCGCUUCGAUCACAUUCAAAAACUGACAGUGUUGGUGCUCUUCGCAACAUUCUUGUAUCCCUCCGGAAGUGCUGCGACCACCCUUAUCUAGUAGAUGCAAUGCUCCAAACCUCACUUACCAAGGGCUACCCAGUAACUGAUAUCCUAGAUAUUGGAGUGCGUGCGAGUGGCAAGCUACUGCUUCUUGACAAAAUGCUCCGAGAAAUCAAGGGAAAAGGGCAGAGAGUUCUUAUCCUUACCCAGUCCUGUGGUGGGGCUGGCAACCCAAUGGGUGACAUUUUGGAUGAUUUUGUCCGUCAAAGAUAUGGUUUCGAGUCAUAUGAACGCCUGGAGCGUGGUCUCGCUGUAUCAAAGAAACAGGGUGCAAUGAGUAUGUUCAAUGACACGACUAAGGGCCGGUUUAUUUUCUUGAUUGAUAGUCGUGCAUGUCUCCCAAGCAUUAAACUAUCUUCAGUUGAUGUCAUCAUCAUAUAUUGUAGUGAUUGGAAUCCCACAAAUGACUUGAGAGUCCUCCAGAGGAUCAGCAUAGAGUCACAAUCUGAAUGUGUGCCCAUUUUUCGUCUGUAUUCAUCUUGCACAUUGGAGGAAAAGGCUCUUAUACUUGCAAAGCAUGAUCAUAUUCUUGAUAGCAAUGGCCAGAAUAUAACGCCUAUCCUGAGCCAUUCUCUGCUUAGUUGGGGUGCAUCAUUUCAAUUCAGCAGACUCGAAGAGCUAAAAAAUGAUGCAUAUUUAAGCAAUGAUUUUGGUGCUGAAAAACUGUUCAUGGAUAAAGUACUUCAGGAGUACUUAAUGAAGUUGUCCACGAAAAAUGAUCCCAGCACUGAGAUGAGCAAUGCAGCCAUUUCACAAGCUCGUCUGAAUGGACCUUUUUAUUCUAGAGAUACUGUUGUAGUAGGUGAGAGGGGCGGGAUAUCUGCACCUGAUAGUGAUCUGCCAAAAUUCUGGGUAAAUUUGCUAGAUGGGAAGUCUCCUCGUUGGCAGUAUAUAACUGAGCCGGCACAAAGAAGCCGUAGAAAGAUACAAAACAUGGAAGAAGGGAACAUUCCUGCCGAUGAGGCCAGUACCAAACGUAGAAAAAUUGCUGGAACCUUGGAUUCAUCUGCAAAUGUUUUAGCUGGCGAAGAUAAGGACUCAAUAUUGCCUGAAAUUAAUACUACAUCUAGUCGUCAUCAAAUAUCAGUUGACCACACGUGGCAGGAACAAGGGGUGGAACAUCUUCAGGACACACAAAAAGGUCUUCACAUCAAAUUGAAGCCAGAGCUAUCAAAGCUAUAUGAAUUGUUUGAACUACCGGGAAGUGUUCAAUGUUUAUGUGAUGAACUUCUUCAUUAUACUUUGAAGAAUCACCAAGUCAGUGUGGAGCCAAAGCACAUAUUGCAUGCAUUCAACAUUGCACUGUGCUGGCGUGCUGCUUCUCUCUCAAGGCAUCAGGUUAAUCAUAGAGAAUCACUGGCCCUUGCUGAAAAACACUUGAAAUAUGAGUGCAGUGAAACUCUCGCUGAGUUGGUUUAUAACAAGCUAAGGAUCCUAAAGAAGGAGUUCUCACAUAGAGUACGCGGAACAGGCGAGAAUAAUCAAUCAAUUUCAGUAAAGAACAUAUCACCAUAUCAGCAGGAGACCUCAACUAAAUAUGGAAAUGGCAAAUCAAUCCCUGAGCAGGCAGCAUCUGUUGGUGGGAACGAAUCACACCAAGAGGAUUCACAUAAUUUAGUGAUUGAGGCUAUCGUACCAGGAGAGAAGGAAGUCAAGGAACUGCUAUCUGUUCCAGAGAUUCAUGCAAAGCAGCAUUUAUCAAAGGAUGUACUUCUUAAUAGAAUCAGAGAGAAAAGAAUUAAUUUGGUUGACAUGGUUUUCUCCUUGAGAGAAAAGAAUAUCCAUGAUAAACAAGCAAACGAGGUGGCAAUGUUUGACAUGCACAGGCACAAGGGAGUGGUGAAACUGAGAGAAGCAUGCAGAAUAGUUGUGGAACAUGUUCGUAGGUCUCAAGCUGAUCCAGAGGACAGAGGUGGUCAAACGAAGCUAAUAGUUGUAUGGUUUACUAUGCUACUAUGUGCGUUUCUGAAGCACAUGAGGUACCAACGUGAGAAGCUUGACUGGCAGCAAUCAAAGGUGUGGACUAAGGAGUUGCAGUUGAAGGAAGAUUUCCUUGACAAAGCAAAAUCUGGCCAAUUAGAUCAUACUUUUGAUCAAAGUAUUUGUUUACCAGAUUCAGGCUUUGCUAUUGAGGAAUUCAGCCAUUUUAGCUCCUGUGUUGAUACAGCUACUUUGGCAAACUGUCCGCAGUCUUUGCACGGAACCUCAGCGAUGGAAGUUACAUUGGUUCGUGGUGUGAUUCCAUCUGAUGUUAUCAAUGCAGAAGCAGCGAGAAAUGGUUCUGCUGAAGUUUUUAUCCACAGUGAAGGAAGGCUAGCAUCAGAAGGUAUUGGUUUGACAGAGAACAUGAUCAGCAAUAGUUUUGAUUGCAUCGACUCGCAAGGAGGGGCAUCUCUGUCUGUUCAACGACAAUUAAAUUCUAGUCCUGCAAUUGAUAAUUCUAUUGAUCAGGAAUCUUCAAGUGGUGACAAUAGAAGGACCGAACAUGUUGAGCAACAGAGUGGUGUGGGUUCGCAACCAUUACCGGGAGAGACUGACCGACGUUUAGGAGAUGCUGAAAUGGAAGUUAACACCGGCAAUGGAGACACUACUCAGGCAGAUCCACCGGAAUCACAGACUCUCGCUCCUGUGCCCAGCCAGGCUUCCUUGCAAAUGUCUAAGGAAGUUGAAGCUGAGGCCAAUCUUGUAAUGCUGUCUGCCGAACCAAUUGUAGCACCAGCACCACUUCUACGAAGAGAGGCAGAACAAGUAGACCGUUCUGGUAUAACACCAGCACAGACUUUGCAAGCUGAAAUGCAACCAUCAGCAUCCAGGGAACUUUCUACUCCGACGGAUCUGACAAUUCAGUCCGCACAACCAAAUAUGGUGCCAACUGUGCUUUCACAAAGAGAUGUAGAACAAUCAAGCCUACUUUCUGGUGUACCAUCAUCUCAGUGUUUGCCAUCGGUUCCACUGUCCAGUAUUCCGCUUGAAAGAACAAGCCCUUAUCAGUGUCAACCAAGUCAUCAACCCGAGGCUGCCCCGGGUUCUUCAGCACAACUCUUUCUGGGGGCUCCAAUGGUGUUUAAUCAUCCACCAGUUGGUGAUGAACCACUGAAAAAUGAGUUGCACAGAUUACGGUUAUACAUUGACUCACGUAAUAAAGCCCACAAACUAAAGCAAUCACAACUUAUGACCGAGUGUAGCCAGGAAAUAGAGAAGGUCAAACAAAAGUAUAAUUUGUUACUUGAAGAAAAUGAUUCCACUCAUCUUCAGCAAAGGAAGGCGCUUGAUAAUUUAUGUGAGAAAGUUAUCCUCAACCAGUCACUAGCUGACGAUUUUCGGGCUAAAUUCAUAUCUUCUUCUGGAGCGCAUGCUAGAGCCCACAGCCCUCCAAAUCACCAGAGACCACAGGCUUCUCAGCAAGUUCCCAUGAGGCCUUCAGCGGCGGCAUCGACUGCAUCACCAACUGCAUCGUUGAGAGCUGGUCGACCACCAGUGCAGAUGCAUCAUGUCCAACCAUUACAGGUCGAUCAACCAUCACCAUCAUCAUCAUCAUCAUCAUCAUCAUCAUCAUUGCCAUCUUCACCUAACCCCUCCGUACUACAAAGCAUUGUCAGAUCAACAUCAACUACUUCUGGUCUCGCGCCAGUUCUGCCACGGGGAAACUUUGGAGUCCAGAGUGAAGUAACACAUGCACCUGCUCCUCAUCUUCAGCACAGGUUGCCUCCACAGGUGCAUUCGAUGGCACAUGCAAAUCAGCAGCAGCCUCCAAUUUGGCUCGAGAGCACGUCUGCAAGGACACGGUCUACCCCUGUGACUCCAGUAAAUAUAAGACAAUCAUGCCCACAGGCAGUUCCCCCAGGGAACCCAUCACUGUCAAGCUUGCACCCGAGUUCACACCCCACUGUACCUGCACCAUUGGGGCCAUCAAGCUCACAUCAAAUUCAGCAGGUUCCACUACUGCCAUCAAGUUCACAGCCAACACGCCUGCUGCCGCCCGUAUCUUCGGUUCCAAGUCCAGUUCUGCCACUAACAUCACCGCGAGGUUUGACUACGACAUCUAGUGUUGCCUCAGCUGCGUUGAAUGUGUUGCCAAGUAGGGGUGUUGGCCCUUCCGCAUCAGGCACGCCACAGUCAGACUCUGAUUCAGUAUCGCUGGAUGAAUGGCUAACAGGAAAGCUUGGGCUGCGCAAUGAUCCCCCUGGCGUGGCCGCUCGUGUAGAUGUGGUAUGCCUAUCUGACGAUGAAUAGACCGAUGACUAAACCAAGCAAAAGUGAGGCUCGUCUCUUCGCUCCAAGAGAAGGUCGCGUGCAAGCUUUGGUGAAUCUCAUGAGUAACCUGUAAUGCAACUGCAUGCUUGCUUCUUCCAUGGGAUGGACACUUUCUCGUGUUGGUCAAUCUCAUGAGUAGACGAUCGUCAAGACUGACCUGGACCAGCUAAGCAAGCUGUCGAUGUUUCGCA